CGGAGAGAGACUGAGGACUAGUCCGUUGAAAGGCAAUGGCGUACAAUGUAACGUACAAUGGCGACGAAUUGUAGUGUUGCAGAGAUUUCAGCUCCACCUUGGAUCGCAGAAUUUUUCCACUCUUUUCAGCAUCGUAAUUUUGAUUUCCAGAAUGUUUCGUCGGUUUUCGCUCCCACGAUUCCCGAUUACCAACAGGUUGGUAUGCAUAAGGUCGAAAAAUUGUAUUUUUAUACAUUUCUGGUGUGGAUCGAUAUCUGUUGCUAAUAUCUUCAAGUGUCUUUGAAUAAGAUGCUUUACAUUUUUUAUGGAUUGCAUUGAAACUAACAGCCAUUAAAAUGGUUGCAGUAUAAUGUGUCUCUGUAAAAUCGUCAUAGUGAGGUUUUUUUUGUAGAUCACAGACUUCACACACGCAUUACGUACAGCUCUUUUUUUGGCAUGCAGCAAAAAAUUGAGCAACUUCAGAAUAACCCGCCACUUAUAGGAACGCUUUAACACAAUAGGCAAUUUUGUUAUUCAACGAGAUGAUAAAUAGUGGCAGGAUAUUCUGAAGUUCAGCAAUAAAUUUCGCCCUACUGACCUGUUCUAAGUGUUUUUUAUUGCGUGGCUCACAAAAUGUUCGAAACUUAAAAAACUGAUCGAGUCAUUUCCUGGCCAAAGUAUUAAUAAUUAUUUUCAAUAUUUCUCUUUCUUUUAUUCAUUGACAGGCCUUAUUCCUCUUUGCCGCAGUUCCGUGUCUGUUUGCUGGCCUAGUGUUUCUCAUUUUCUGUGUCCAUUUCAUAGCUAGCUGGUGUUCCUGUGACAAACAGCAUAAGCCAUCAGCCAAGUGUGUGAAAUUCCUUAGAUGUGUUGUUCUUUUAGUAUCAGUUUUGUGCAGGUUAGUGAUCAUUCUAUGUCAAUAGUAACGAUGAUGUAAUUUAUAUAGUAAAUAUUUAUCUCACUGUUGUCCACAUAGCCUGCGCCACAGAUAAGACUAAACUCUGGUCAAGUCCAUCUGCAAAACAGUGCUGGAAUCAUUUUUCUGGGUCCCACCUGUGUUCCCAGACUUGAGUACUUGCCAUGAUUGGCCUGUUAGAAAAGCCAUCGUCAUUUUGCCAAUCAGGAUGAAAGGAAAUUCAAAAUGCAUUUCUGGUAAUUAAUUUGUUGAAUCCCUUGGGGGACCAGAACAAGGAUAUUGGUGCUGCUUUGCAGACGUUACCAACCCAGGUUAAAUUAUGUCUGUGACACAGGUUAUUGUCCACACAAUCUCACAAAUCUGUGAUUUGAACAGUAAAACUGUGAGGACCUUCUACAGUGUUACACUGUAUGUAAAUACAAUUCAGAGAGGUACAGUUGAACCCUGCUUUAUGGACACCCACCUAUUAUGGGCAUCUCAUUAUUACAGAGAGUUUUCUUAGUCCAUGGAGAAAGCCCUUGCAUUUUCUCUAAAUUCAACCCACCUAGUAAGGACACCCAUUAAUUUAAACAAUGGAAAUUUGUUUUUUGUGAAAUCAUCAGAUUCUCAUAAAGAUACAACCUCACUAAUGUUGAGAUGCUUUAAUGUCGACUGUGUGCUGUAAUAAACCUUUCCUUUCUCGAGGUAAAUAAUGCUGUUGUGCAAUCAGCACCUCGCCCAUCAUUUUACUUGUCAUGCAAGAGUUUCUCCUUGCAUCUGUAACAUAUCCAUCCCAACAGGGAUCUCUUGAUUUUCAUUUUUUUGGCUCAGAUAUGCCUCAUUCAUUGUUGAAGGAGUUGCUGGAAUAUAUAUUAAAUUUAUCCUUCAGUGGAACAAUGUGAAUAAACAAUAUAUUAACUGCAAUCCUUGUCUUUUUCUGUUUCAGUGGAUUUGUCAUUGCAGCCUUUGUAUUUAAUGAUACAGCAGAUGAAGGUGUAAAAGGAGUUUUGACAGCUGGCCACAAUGCCAAUAACACACUGUUAGAAAUCCAGUCAAAGGUAGUUUAGUACCCUUGACAUUUUGUCUGUCUUUUGAAUAUACUAGCUUAUUUUUAUCUGUUGAAACCUCCUAACUACUGAAAAAGGAAAACAUUUUAGUGAAAUUACAGGGAUGUAGUGAAGGACAAGCCAAGCAGGCUUUUUUAUUAGUCCAGAUAGCUUUUGUACUUAACUGUACCUUCAAAAUCACUCCAUGUCUUUCUUUCCCAAAGCAAUUUGAGUCGGUGGUAAGUAGUCUUUUUCAGCCAAUGAACAAGCCGGCUGCAGCAGGCUCUUAAGCUGAUGUUACACAAGACAAUAAUAUUAUUCAUAACAAUGAUUUUUAGCGCAACACAGUGUCGCAACAUUGUUGCAACAUUGUUUGGAAUGGCUACAACAUUGUUCCAACAUUACAAUACUGUGUUGCUAAAAAUUGUUGUUGCGAAUUGUGCUGCGUAACAUGGCCCUUAGUGUUAUCCCUGAGAUUAUGUUACAUGACACUAGAUAUCAAAUUUGGUGAUAUGAAUAAAGAUCCCCCCAAAAUAAAACAAAAUAUGUUACUUAGGGUAAUACUUACGGUAACAUUAAAAUCAACUUUUGUUUUUUUCAUUUAUUCAGCGAUGUGUUAUUUCAAAAAAUUUCUUAUUUUGUGAACAUUAUUUUUGUCUUGUCAAUACACUCCGUUCAGUGUACACAACUUAGCUCAGACCAUAUAACUUGAUUGUAGAAGGCAAAAAAAAAUCAGUAAAAAAAAUUAAGGCAAAGUGUAAGUUGAUAUUAUUUAAAGCUGUUUAGUUUAUGACAAUGUUAUCUCAGCAAUAACUGUAACAUCCUAAGAUAAAUUCUUAUAAGCUCAGAAGAGCUUAGUAGAACUCCAACCUUAACAGUUUUUUAGAGUUAUUUUUUAAAAAAAAUAUGCUCAACAUAUAAUAAUAUUUAAGAAUUAACAUUAGACCACCAGGCAGUGUUUUCAGAAGAAAGUAGUUUUCCAGUGAUAAUGCAUUUUUCUUGUGUAGGUUAAUUCUAUCAAGGAUGACCUUGUGGAUCUGGAUAGUAACAUUAUUGACGUACAGAACUGUCAUGGCGUGACUGAUGCCGCACAAGCAUUGAUUCAUGAAAUUAGGGAAUAUAUUGGAGAUGUUAUUACUACCAUUGUGAAAAUCAAGAAAGUCAGUAUACCACCUUAUGGGGAUUAUGUUGAGGACAUUGAGUAUUAUAGGUAAUAAUAAAGAGCAUAUGAAAUUCAUCUGAUUAGAGGAUUUAGUAGAGCCAAUGAUUCAUUAGGUAAGACGAGGCGUUAGGUCCUUGAAAAAUUUAUCUCGGGCUGUGCCCUAAAACUUCAACUGCUACAGUCUUUGGUCUUUACUGUAGUAGGCAAGUUUUUUUUAUCUGUUUUAAAACAGAAACCAAACCAAAGUAACCUUAUUUAAUUAGGAUGACCCUUGACAAUAAAGUCGUUUGUCAGUUCGUGGGUUAGUCAGAUAUCAGUCUGCCCAUCCAUCGGUCAAUCCGAGGGGCUGGUAGUGGGGGGUGGGGGGGGUGGUUGAGGGGCUACUCACUUGAAAGAACGGAUGUGGCCCUCUAACCAUCCCCUGCUAGUUGGAGACACUUUCAAGAUCAAAUUUGGAAUUUUGAUGUUUAAAGACAGAGGAAACUGGAAAACCCAGAGAAAAACCUCUUGGAGCAGAGAGGAGAACCAACAAUAAACUCAUCCCACAUAAUGGUGUCAAUGCAGGAAUUUAAACCCAGGUCACAUUAGUAGAAGGUGCUGCCCAAAGGUUCUGCCACUCGUGGAAUCCUAAAUACAUUAUCCUUUACUUUCAGUAUGUUUGUUUCCAUAGUUCCAACUCUAUAACCCUUUCAGAUUUGAAUGUUUAGCCAAGUGCUACUACUUUUCUCUCCCACGCAGACAAGACAUUAGUGUAUGCUUUUAUGACAUACCUCUAAUAUACACACACAAGCAACCCUUCUUCCUUCAUUAGUUUAGCUUGUCAUGCUUCAAAUCAGCUGUGAGGAGUUACUUGUGCUACAUAUCCUUGAGAUUCAUGGAAGGAGUGCAGCUAGUUGAAGUAACUUUCACUCUGGUUAACGGGAGAAGGGGCAAGUGCCUGGGAAGUAAAUAUUUUGUCGCAAUUCUUGCCUUAGUUCUUUCAUCACACAACUCAGUGUGUUUUUUAUCAGUACAGUUGCUCAAGGAUCAAACGUGACAACCCUGUUAUGCCACAAAAUUUAAUAAUUGCCACAAAAUCUAAUAAGAAUUGCUGCAAACUGUAAUAGCAUUAAUAAAAUUUUCAAGUAAAAUGUAACAACUUUUCUAAUGCCUAAUAACACAAGAUGCAAUUUAAUUUUGGAAUGACAUGCAUGGUGUUUUGAAAUCAGUAUUGUGACUCAGUAAUCAGUGGCAGAUCCAGGACUUUAAUUAAAUCAUAAGUAAGUUAUUAUUAUAAACUAUUAUUAUUAUUAUUAGAAAUGAAAUAACAGUUACAUGCAGUAAUUAUUAUAUUUUGUGGCAUAUCAAACCCUUUGACUUUCAGCACAAAGAAUUUAAACAUUCUCAGUCUAUGCUUACCAUUAACUUUUUCUUUGUCCCUGUAGAUGGUGGGUUACAUUUGGUACAAUGUGUUUGAAUACACUCACAAGUUUGUUGAUGAUCUAUGCCAUUUUAAGAGGAAGUAGAUGUGGAUGUAUUCUGUAAGUUUUUAUAUGUUCUUACUACAUAUCCAUGUUUUAUGCGCACUUUUCUUGGAAUAAUUAAGUGUAAGCAGUUUUGUUGGACUUGACUGUCUCUCUUACUAAACUCUAACUUCCACUGACAUAGUUAAUUUUAGCUCUGACAAGGAAAAUAUUGAGCAUAUGAUUAUAACUGGAUUUUUGAAACCUGAGUUAGCAAAAAAAAAAUCAACUCAUUCUACUACUUGACUAUUUAAAACAAUAAAAAACCAUUCAAAGGCCAAUUAAAAUCAUUUAUCUGAUGCGGGGGUAGUAAGUCAGUGGUCCCAAGAAGCAUUUCAGUGAGUCCAGAUUUAAAGUGAUGCAAAUUUUAGAACAUUUUAUUCAGUGAUGUGACUCCGUGAAGUUUCAAACUGGUGUCAUUUGAGUCUAGAAAUUUUUAAGUUGAGUGAAAUGCAGCCAAAAAGUGUCUGGUUAAGGCUUACACAACAACUUAAAUAGUUAGCAAAAGUCUAUUUUUUUCACUGUCUGAAUUUUGCGUGGAAUAGACAACAAACUGAGUGAAACAUAGUGCACAAAUUUUCACCUUCUUAUCUGCAAAAACUGUCAAGAGCCUGCUGAAACUAGACCUAGUUCCAAUUUUCCUGAGUCAAGAAUAAUUGGUUUUCCAAGGCACAAUCAGCUAAGCUAAACAGUAACGAAAUGUUUUUAUGGCUGGCACAGAAUAUUUUGGUGCAACAGCUCAACCACGCGACCAAAUACCUGAGUUCUGCCUGUCAGCACCAUGCAGGAAUCACACAGUCACACACUUACCUGGCACUGAUAUAACCAUCCACCAAAUUUAACAAAAGUGAAAUAUCAUUGAAUAACUCAGAAAAACUCAGCCUAUUGCAGAUAAACACCUCUAGAUUUUUCUGUUACACUCGUCAUUAUUCAAGUUCCCAGAUGCACAGUCACACGGUCGGCAUAUCAUAUUAACUUUGUCCCAUCUCAGAGCUUUACAUGAUGCUCUCCAGUAAACUUUUCUCAAGGUGACCGAUAACGAAAUAUGAACUGCUAAACGACACCAAAGCCAGCUUUAGGUGCACACUGAUUUCAAGUAACUGUCACUUGUGUUAGACAGGGAAUUCUGGGUAGGGACAGAAAAACACCCUCUAUGAAGGGAGGAAGGACGGUUUAGAAAGAGCACGAAUUCGGGAAAUUUCCUCUACAGCCACUUCUACACAAAUCCCUAACCACAAAACAACCAAAAAAAAAAAUGACAUGAGCAAACAACACAGUAAACAAGCCAAGACAGGGGAAGUUGAGAGAAAUUACAAAGUGUUUGCUAACCCAGUUUUCAUAAAUCCAGGUAGAAUUAUUCCCAGUUUUAAUUAAAAAAGUGUAAGAUCAAGCCACAGUUUAAAUGCUGUUUGAUUUUUGUUGUCCUCAUAUUUUACUCCAGCUUUCCAGCAGCUCUUUCAGUUUGUGGCUUUAAAUUUGUAUGUAUUAUACAGGGUGCAAAGAAAAUCAAUUUUACAGCUUGCCAUUUGGGCAAGCUGAAGCUACCAUUUACUAGCCCAGACGUCAUUUCAUCUUACCUCAAAAGCUUCGUUAUGAGCAGAACUGGCUGAUUUCACAGUUCUUCUGUUAUUCGAAUUCCUCAAAAAACAUCACUUGCCCUUCGGGCAAGUUAAAAGCAGGAUUCACUAGCCCAAUAGCAAAAUCCACGAGCCCCGGGCUAUCAAACACUACUUUCUUUGCAUGCUGGUUAUAGUUUCUUAGGAAGUUAUUGAUAGAUCUGUUUUCUUUUCAUGUCAUUAUUAGACCGUAGAAAAUUGGCCACCACUUUACCUUUUGUUUGGACUUUGACAUGCCUAUAACCGCUGAACAAUGUGAUUGCUUUUACUUAAUACUUUUUACUUUAAUGCUUUUACUUAGAGCUAUUUUAGGUGGAACAUUCAGUCUUGCCUUGGUCUGGUCAGGUGUUGGCGUCGAUUUGGCUGUUGCAGUCGUAAGUAUUUUUGUUUAUUGAUUUUUGGGACUUGAUCGAUGAGUUUAUGUGGUCGGCAUUUCCAAACUCAUAAACAUUUGUUUUUGUUUUCCUAUGUUGCCUUUUUUAAGGGGAUGUCUGAUCUUUGUGUUAAUCCUAAAGAAACUGUGUACUUUUACAUCAAGGAUCAGUCCACGUUACAAAAGACUGGUAAGGGUAAUAACAUUAAAUUAUUAUUUUAUAUUAUAUACCAGUAUAAUUGUUAUAUUAUGUUAUAAUGAAUGAUAUCUUUUAUUCAGGCACUGAUAACAAAAUUUUAAUUUGCUAGUUUAAAACAUAAUUUUUUGACAUAUUAAGCCAUCAAGAAGCUGUGGAACAGAGUGGAAAUCUCUUUUUUGCCUUUUUACAUGCCUAUUCAUGAUUUGAUUUAUUUUAAUACUUUAUUGUAAUUAUGAGUAUUUUUGGCUACUCAUGAUCUGGAUUUAAAUUCUUAGUUAGCAUUAUUGGAAACCCUGUGCUUGUUGCAAGCUAUGUUCUAGCUACAUGAUUGCUUAAUGUAACAUUGGUACCUUAUUCAUAGAGUUUUUAAAUUAUAUGCACAUUAUAAAUUGUCAUUUAUCUUUCCCUAGCUUUAAGGUGUAAAUUUUUAUUUUACAGUAGUUUCGUCUCUCUAAACAAGCUUAAAGCAAAAUAACUUUCAAACUGAACUUCAUCAUUAAUUUUCAUGUCCUAUUUAAGUUUUCUAUUAUAAUAUAUAAAUUAUUUUACAGGAAUUGUUAAGUACUAUAUGGAUUGUCCUCCUGGUGAAAUAAAUCCUUAUCAAAAGGUCAGUCAAGUGUUAAUUUACAUAGUAACUUUAUUUAUUUUAGUAGUAAUAGAAUACUGGCUCGUGGUUGCCGUUAAUGCAAGUACUUUUCUAUUUAACAAUCAACAAAAUAGCUCUUUAUUCAUUUGGCUAUUUGUAGCUGACACAUGCAAUAAGUGUACGUAUAAACUCUAGGGAGUUUUAGGCGUGAGAGAAACGUGAGGGUCAUGGUGCGUGAGGCGCCGUGGCAUGCCCUCCCUCCUCACCCCUAAAACUCCCUUUCCCUUCCCUUUCAAAUGCCUGCCACGCAGGCUAGUGUAAACUCUUGACGUCCCACUUAUUACAUUAUGCUAGACUACAUGUCUCUUUUACGUAACACUUCUUCAUUCAUUCAUUCAUCAGCAUUCAUUUGUUCACCUGUUACCCCGUUCACUUAUUGACUCUUUCAUUCAGCCUUUUAUUCCCAUAAUAUUUAUUAUUGGUCAGUCAGUCAGUUAUUCAUUUAUUUGGCCUCAAACAUGAGCCACCUGGGUUAAUCAAACUUAAAAGAAACUUUAUUGAUUCAAGAUUUAAAACCUGCGUUAAAUGAAAUUGUUGGCAGUGAAAAACGUUUUCUCAACUAGCAUCAUAUAUUAUAAUUACCUGCAGACUUCAAAUUGAAUCUGUUACGUCAUUUGUUGUCAUCAGUCAUUGUUUUUACCUGUUUAUUAUGUUCCAGUCCUUUUCUAGAUGUUUAAAUUUUACUGUUAUCUUUUUGACCGUCACUUCUGAAGAUGUAUAACCUGAGAUCAGGCUCUAUUUUUGUUUCGCUUUGAAAAUUACAGCCGUUAGAGAGAAUGUAUGAGACCGCUAAAAUUGGGCCUGAUCUCAGGUUAGAAGAUUUAUGUUGUUACAUACAAAACAUCAAGUCUUUAAAAUCUUAGUUUUUUGCAACAUGCGUUGUUUCAUCAUGUUUGUUACUGCAGUUUGUGUUUAAUGUUUACUCAAGUUGAAAGGCCGAAGAAUAGGAGUGUUUAAAUAGUUUCUCUGGGAUAACGUUUUUUUUGUUUUUGUUGUUUUUUCCUGAUUUAGCAUGCUGAUAAAGCCAGCGAAGUUUUAAACGAAACUUUGACUGUAUUUUCAAGGUUAAUGCAUUUGGUAAGGAAAGUUAAAAAUAUCUAUGGAGCUAGAUUAGUUUGGCAGCAAUUUUGUUUUAAGCUCCACUGUUGUAUUCUGAUAAAAUCAAAGGCUCCUAUAAUCCAUCCCUGUGAACUUAUAGUGAAAAAGACAAAGAGAACAGAAAAUGGUUAAGAAAAAAAUGGCCUUUAUAGCCUCAAUCUUACAUUGCAAAUCUGAGGACUUAGCAGGACAUACCAAAAUGAAUAAAUAAAUAAGUAACCUUCGUAAUUGCUCCCAGAGAAGUUAACCGCCAUUCGAGUGACAAGGCUAUAGAAAGUUAAAACCAACACUUUACACUUGACCUAUGAAAUUGCCCCUCAAUUAAUGUAAUUGAAAGAUUGCCAGCUCUUUUUACCUAAUAAUCCAAACAAAAGGAUUAGUAAGAGAAAGAAAAGUUUUGUGGUUUUGAAUGCGCUCACUAUUGCUCACUUGCGGCUUUGUGGAGUCUAAAACAAGUUGGCUCUACCUUGGGUUUCAAACUUUUGAUAAAACACCCCUGAUCGUUUUUUUCACACUACCUAAAAUGUUUUAACCUGGUGUUCUUUUAUUUGUGUGUUGACAGGGAUUGAAGUUAACAGAGGAUUGUCAAGAGGAACUUUUAGGCUGCUAUGAUGACCUGAAACAGACACAAACAAGCCUUUCGGUUAUCAUGAAAAACUUGAAUUGUACAUAUACACAUCAGGUUAGUAGAAAACAGCAAUGUUCAGACACGUUCACUUGGUCGUCCUGGGCUAAUCUCCCGCCCGCACUGAUUUUAAAGCCAAUUGGGUGCGGAACAUUCAGUGGAAUAGGCGGGGUUUGAUUUUGAGUUUCUUGGUCCUUAGAUAGAAUAUUCUUUUUGGUAUUGUGGUCGUACCACAGAAAUAACUUGAAAGUGGGAGAUUUCUUUUGUCUGUGAGAAUCUGAUUCAUGGAACAAAAAUGCUGGUUCAGAAUGCUAGUUGGUAUUCUUUACUCAUACUUUUUUGUUGCUUUUCAUACAGCAAUUUGAGAGUGCUCGGUGUUUCAUAUGCAGUUAUAUUGUGUAAGUAAUCCUCUUAAUUGUGGUUCGUUCUAGACGAAAAUGAAACGGAAUCGUAAUUACCAAGAACCUUUGGGGAGUAUUUUUGAAUUUUGUCAAGAAUUUAUAUUAUUCGUAUCAAACAGUCUACCUAGUGUUUCAUCCUAUCUGCAGUCACCUGGAAGUCGACCUUAACUAACUCGGCCGCGCUUUGAAUUUACAGUCUAUAGUUUGGUGUCUGAAUAUCGUGUUUUUAAAAUAUCUUACCUCGUUCUUUUGGACACAUCCCAACUUUAUAAGUCUAUUUGAAUUUAAAUGUAUUUUUCUCAUUUUUCUGUUUGGCCCUUCUGUGUUCUCCAAAUAACUCUCUUCUCCUUGACGGGUAAAUUUGCCUGCGUGAAAUAUGUCAGCCGAGCGAAAACUGGGUCGGAGAUAGAAAGAUGAAGCUCCUCCCCAGGCUCCCCUCGGCUCGUUUCCUCUGUCCAAUCACAACAAGCCUGUCCGUUUACUUUAGUUCGCUUACCCGACUGCAAUCUAUUGGAAAUACUGUGUUUCUGUCACUACAGGCCAGGCAUGGCUGAACUGCUGUUGAUGACCCUGAUCAUUGGCUGUUUACUGAUCAUAAAUCUCACUUUAGUGCUGCCCAUUUAUCUCAGGUAAGUUGCAGGUUGUUGACCUUUCUGGAAUAGUACGAGGUGUACAUACCCUGCUGGGGUGUCAUAGACUUUUCAUGCGAGGUUUCGGGUGGCGUCGGCCUUCGGCCGACUCCCGAAGCAUCUUGCCGCGUGGUGUUCAGUAAUUGGCACAACAGUCUGACAAUUCUAUUGAUACAACUGUAUUAAACUGAAUAUACUUUUUUUUAUUAGAAUUCCAAAACAUCGAAGACGAGGAAGUAUUUUAGACAUGUGUGGGUAAGAACAAUUUGUUAAACCACGGGCUGCACAGGCUUACCAGCUCCUUUUCUGGUUACGAAUGGAACAUCUCAAUGCGAGUUUUCAGCAGAUGAAAAUAAACUGUUGCAAACGCUCAAAAAUAACAAGUGAUUCAGCUUUGUUUCAAGUACUACGUUGCCAACAGUCUUGACGCUUACAACGACUUAGUACCAGUUCUCUUUUGUCCCUUCACGGAAGAAUUUAUUUCUCUUUAAUUUUUAUUUUGCAACUCAAUGCACUCACACUGCAUGCUUGAGAUCUGUAGUUUUGUUUUCUUUGAAGUUAGGGUAUCAACAAACCUUUCUGAUGGUACCGUAGUAAAGUAUGAUUAAACAUUAACUGUAUACUCCGCGCUAUAUCGUCAAGCCAAGAGAAAAAGAUCAUUAGCCAGCCAAGCUAAGGAAAAACGUCCCCCUAAAGAUAUAAAACUUGCACUUACCUUACGUGAUUGGUCAUGUUUAAAAUAGCUAAGUUUAAGAAGGUACUUCUUCUUCCCUUGCAGCUCAGAUUCACCCAUUGGAACUCCUUACCAGUCCAUUUCGGACGAUAACAACAGAGUGGAGACUGUUCCCCUCAUUCCCAGUGCUCCUCCGGUGACUACGGUACUACUUUGUUUUUGGUUGCUUUAGUUAAAAGAAUCCUUCAGAAUUAUGUGAUGUUCGUUCUCCAUUAAAUAACUUCAGUAGUACCUUAGUUCAACGGAACUAGUUGGCACACAAAGUUACUAAACCAUAGUUAUUGUCAGUUUUACAAAAGAUAGGCUAUACUUUCCGUAACUUUGUUUUAUCAUUCAAACAGUAUCUUUAUUUCGCUUUUGUUGUUGUUUAUUUGUUUGUCUUUGUAUUUGUUGGCGAAACUCGGAGCUGCCGUUGUCCCCCUAAGACGUUAUCCAAACUUUGUAUGAUCAGAGCAUUUUUCGCAUGAUAGCAGUUUUUCACUUAUGUGCAUUUGCAUACCAUUCUACGUACGCAGUUAAGUAAAAUAAAGUAGUUAACUUUAAUUGUGACGCAAAUAGCUCUUAACCAAUCAAAACCUCGGGAAAAUGAUUUUUAAGAUAAACACAUUGUUUCCACGAGAAAUUGUUUAAAACUUCUAUUUUAUUUGCUUUAGUACAACUCGACAAACCAUCGAUUAUCAGCGGAAUUUCAUUCAUGCGAGGAGUCAGGAAGAAUAGGAUUCUACAGUUACGGAGGUACUCCCCCAGUCCCUCCUCAGGGACCCUCUGCUGCCACCACUCCGGUGGUGAAUUCUGGACGUUCCAAUCCCAGCAUUCCUAGCACAAGGGGUCCGAUCACCAGCAUGGCGUUUUAAACACGAAAGAAUCAAAUGGUGAAUUUAUUCAGGCUAUGAUUUAUUUAUUGUACGUACUUGUGUUACUGAUCAAGCGCGACCCUGCACCUUAAAUUACAGGUGAAAAAAUAAUAAUUACAAUAAUAAUAAUUUUUUAUAAAAAUAAAUCGUUAUGAACAAUAAGAAAUGUUGAAACCGUCAGAGUUGAAAGCAGUGUCAGUUGGAAAUUCUGGGCAUUUUAAAAAGUAGCGGGCUUAAGCUUAGGCAACAACGACUGCGACGGCAACGCGAACGUCAAAAAUCAAUAGGUUUAAUAAGCAAAACAACAAUUCUGCGCUUGCAUUACCCUGAUUAAUGUAUUUGCCGUAACUAGACAAGAACGAAGUGAAAUUUCCUAUUUUCACAUUUAAUGGAUGAUGUAAACAAAGGGGGACGAUUUUCUUUUACUGAACCUGAAUACUAUCUUUAGAACCUUAAUUCAGUCCAGAAAAAUUCGUCAACAUCGACAAAUUGAUUGAGAUAAAAUUAAAAUGAUGAAGUUUGAAAAAGCACGAAUUAGCAUUUCACUGACGCUUUUGCUGCCGUCGUCGUUGUGUUUUUGUAGGCUCCCUACUAUUACUCCGACUCAGGAGAUCAAGUCGGAACUUUAAAUUAUUCUUUCAGCUACUCUCAGUACUUUUCUUACACUAAAACUUCAGGGGCGCUUACAAGACCUUCAGUAUCGCGCUAAUUUGUUCAGGGCAUGAAGAGAGGUGAUAUGUAGUCUUUAGAGCGCUUUCCGGCAUUCAACCAAAACUUUCGAAAACUUGGAAACAGCGGAACAAAUGUUUCGAGAAUUUGGGUAUGCCUCGCGAGGUUGUCCUCUGUUUGGAAAAUUUUGAACAAUGCUGUUCCAUUCGCCACUGGCAGUUGCCGAAAAUUCAAAGCGGACGUUUUGGUUUGAAUGGAAGGUGCCCUUAAGGUACGGAAAAACGGGCGACAAAAGACA